AUUCGACCUUUGCUGUACCCAACUUCGAAAAAACGGUCAUUACAACAGCCAUGUCUUUCCUCUUCAGAAGCACCAUUAGGGCAUCCACCUCCAGACUUCCCACCAGCCUGCCCACUCCCACUCCCCGCCCCCUCGCUUUCCUUCCCCUCCCGCUUUCACGUUUCAACUCCUCCCUCUCGACUCCUCCAUCUCCAUCCGCUACCAAACCAUCAUCACCUCCUCAAAAUCCUAUAAACCCCAAAUUCGCAGAGCUCACCUCCAGUCUCUCCAUUCCCGUAUCCUCCACUUCUAAACCUCAUGCGGCCGCUGCUGCCGCAGACCCUACAUCCGAAGAUUGGUGGAUGACCCUUUCCAAAAAGUCUCACUACAAUACUUUCUCGUCGACCAAGGGUUUCCACCCUACAAAAUACUUUUCCGGAAGAUCGAUUGAGUUGAACAGGGGCACAGACUUUUUGGUGGCAUACAAGAGGAUGCAAGGAGUGAUGAGAAUGGGGAACAUGAAGAAGGAAGCCAAGCUGAACGAGUUUCAUGAAAAGCCUAGUGUGAGAAGAAGGAGAUUGAGGAGUGAGAGGCAUAGGAGGAGGUUCAAGGAGAUGGUGAGGUCCAAGGUUCAACAAGCGUUGGCUAUGAGGAGCAGGGCGUAGACAUGCAUUCAUCUUCCAUUGGCAUUUUGCGAAUCAAAGUAACCUUGCCACUUUUUAUGCUCAGGCAAUAACUGUACAUUGCAUAAACUGUGCCUGCUGUACAUCUC